AGUCCUUGAUAAAAAAAACGAUAAUUUGCAUGGGAGGGACAGUCUUCUAUUCCACAAAAGAGAAUGGAAAUAUUUUUUAUUAAAGGAAGUAAAAAUGUAAAGAAAGAAAAGGCAAAUAAGGACCAUUUCUCCUUUCUCUCCUCACCCUUAAAAAACCGCAUCCUAUUCUCUUCCUUAUUUGCAUAUCGCAUUUGUUCGUAUUCUCGAGAGAAAGAGGAGAGAGAGAGAAAAGAAAAAGAAAAAAAAAAGAGAAAGAAAGAAGGAAAGAAUGUUCCAUCACCCUAAGAAGCCUUCUUCUAUGACUUCAAAUGAAAGGACUUCUUCCAUGUGUGUUCAAAAUGACUCUGGCCUCGUUCUCACUACCGACCCUAAGCCUCGUCUUAGGUGGACUGUCGAGCUCCAUGAACGCUUUGUUGAUGCUGUUACUCAGCUUGGAGGCCCUGAUAAAGCUACACCAAAGACCAUCAUGAGAGUUAUGGGUGUUAAAGGUCUCACUUUGUACCACCUCAAGAGCCAUCUUCAGAAAUUUCGGCUAGGAAAGCAGCCUCAUAAGGAUUUUAGUGACCAUCAUUCGGUUAAGGAUGCAUCUUCGUUGGAGCUUCAGAGGAACACUGCAUCUUCCUCGGGACUAAUGGGUCGCAGUAUGAAUCACGACAGCAAUGUGCAUAUUAGUGAUGCACUCAGGAUGCAAAUGGAGGUUCAGAGGAGACUCCAAGAACAAUUAGAGGUCCAAAGACAUUUACAACUAAGGAUUGAAGCGCAAGGAAAGUACAUGCAGAACAUACUAGAGAAAGCAUGUCAAACACUAGCAGGAGAAACCAACAUGGCAGCUUCAGGAAGCUAUAAUAACAAAGGCAACAACAACCUUCUAGGCAAUAACAGCCCAACAAUGGUGGACCAUUUAGGAGGAUCAAUGAAAGAAUUCGGGCCGAUGAACUUCCCUUCCCUCCAAGACCUUAACAUCUACGGUGGAGAACAACAACUAGAUCUACACCCAAGUAUGGACCGAUCUUCAUCGUUUGAAAACUUCAUGCAAGUACCAAAUGAUAGCCUUUGUUUAGGCCAAAAGAAGAGACCAAACAUUUAUAAUAACGGGAAUAAUAAUGGUAAGAGUCCUUUAAUGUGGUCUGAUAACGAUCAUCUUCGUCUUCAAGAACUCGGACCUCCAACAUCAGCAAGUUGCUUAGGGCAUCCACAAGAUCCUUUUAAGGCAACAGAUAUUCAAAUUGCACCACCAUCUUCGUCUUUGGAUCAUCAUCAAAUCGAUUCAAUCUCGGAGAUUUAUGAGUCAAAGCCACUCCUAACAACUGAUAUUGACAAGAAAUUUGAUUCGUCGCCUAAGCUAGAGAGGUUGUCACCACUCUCACCAACAACACAAGGUAUCUCUCUUGGGAGAAAUUCUCCCUACGGUUGAAACUUGAUAAUUUUGUUAUGUAGGUGUAACCAUAUUUCCUUUUCCUUUUCUUUUAGAUCAAACUUUUUUUUUCUAUGCUCCAUUUUUUUGCAUGGUCCAUCGUUAGUCAUUUAAGUAGGUUUAAUGAUCUGAAUGGUGUAACUUUUAAUACUUAAUUAUUGUUAAUAAUGUUAUGCUCGUUCUUAGAUCUUUCGAAA